AUGCUGUUUGCGCGUUAUCAGGUGCGCAUUCUUAAUCUGAUUGGCCGUUAUGUCAGAGACGCCGAUGAAGUCAGAGAUGUCGCCCAGGAAGCCUUUAUCAAGGCCUAUCGAGCCAUUCCAAGGUUUCGUGGCGACAGUCAGUUCUAUACCUGGCUCUAUCGUAUAGCCAUCAAUACCGCAAAAAAUCACCUGGUAUCUCGCAGCCGUCGGCCGCCAAGCAGUGAUGUUGAUAUUGAAGAUGCUGAUUAUCGCGAUGAUGCGGAUAUGUUGCGUGACAGCGAGGAUCCGGAAUCCGCGCUAGCCCGGGAUCAGCUGCAAUCAACCAUUCAUGACGCGCUUUCCCAGCUGCCGGAUGAUCUGCGCAGCGCGUUAACUUUGCGCGAAUUUGACGGUCUCAGUUACGAACAGAUCGCGGAAAUCCUUGAGUGUCCGGUGGGGACCGUACGCAGUCGCAUAUUUCGUGCGCGGGAAUUUGUUGAUCAACGCAUCAGGACGGUAGGAAUAGGUAUUGGUGAUGACGGAACAACUACGAGAGAUGAGAGUCUGCGCGAACAAUGGUAUCGCUUUGCGCUGGUCCGCGACGUGAUGCGCGAAGAUAUGCAGCAUUACCAGCCGGGUCUGCGUGAAUCGAUCUGGGAAGCGAUGAACGCAACCGAAGAUCAAAAUGAAGAUGUUACUCAACCGCUGCGCGAUGUGUCCGUCGAUAAGCAGAAAAAUCAGCGUUCACCCUGGAUAGGGCGGCUCACGGGUACUGCAGUUGCCGCAGUGGUUGCCGUUCUGGUGAUGAUUAACGGCGGCGUUUUUGACAGCGAAAUUGAACCCGUCGCAGCCGACUAUGCGGGCGUUCAACCGGCUCUGAGUAGCGGUGAUCUGGCGCCGGUUAUGUACCAGCAGGCCACACCGGUAGAUCAGCAGCGACAACAGGCGCUGAUGUUGCAUCACAUACAGCAACGUAUCGGCGGAAACCAACAACGGUCUGAGCCCCUCCCAGCAAUGAUGAACGUCUCCCGUGUUCUGCUGCUGGCUGUUUUUGUUUUUCUGGCGCCGGGCAUUGCGGCUGCGCAAAGUGUUGCGCAGAUGCUGCAGGACAUGAACGCUGCGUUUACUAAUCACAGUUACGAUGGCGUAUUCAGCUAUUACACCGGUGGUGAGCUGGCCAGUCUGCGGGUAGUACACAAACAGGUAGAUGGCGUGCAGCGUGAGCGUCUUGUCCAUCUGAACGGGGCGCCGCGAGAAAUUAUCCGCAAAGGUGAAGUGGUGUCCUGCAUUGUGAUGCCGGGUGAUGAUCUGAUUGCGCUGGAAAAAAGCAUUCCGGCUGGACCGUUUGCACGUGCGUUUGUGCGGCAAUUUGACCAGAUCUCUGACACCUACAGCGUCGGCACUUUUGGCGAAGGUCGGGCGGCUGGCCGUACCGCGGUGCGGGUCGCAAUCAGCCCUAAAGAUCAGGAUCGCUAUGGAUAUCGGAUCUGGAUCGACAAAGAAACCUCACUGUUGUUGCGUUCGGAGCUGAUCGAUCAUCACGGGCAGAAACUUGAAAUUUUCAUGUUUAACCAGCUCCUGGUGGGUGACGAUGUGAAAGAUGCCGCGCUGGAGCCUGAAGGUGUCAGUGGCGGUAUGGUCAGUCACCUGACCCUGCAGGCUGCGGAUGAACCCUGGCAGCCACCAGCGGCCACGGGCAGUGCUGAUCCCAUGCCUUCAGCGUGGAGUACCCACUGGUUACCUGUGGGUUUUGCCAUGACCGAUUCCCACAUGCGUCACAAACCGGCCUCUGGCAGUCAGGUCAGCAGCCUGAUGUACAGCGACGGUCUGGCGGCAUUUUCAAUAUACGUAGAGCCGAUGCCUAAAGACGGCGCGGCCAGUAUGGUCUCGCAGAACGGCGCAACCGUUGCUGUUACCCAUCAGAUCAAGGAGCAGGGCCAGUAUUUCCUAGUCACACUGGUGGGUGAAAUACCGGUUGUACGCAAACGUUUGAAGCGGUUGAGCAGGGCUGUUCUGGUUGUCAGCAGAGUUGCGCGGGUAGAUGGUUUGCACCGCGCGCUGCGGCGACGGGCGGUCCGGGACAGCACGGUGCAAAACUUAUUCCGCUGCUGCGGGUCAAAGUUUAUGCCAGCUCCGGCGCAGAAAAAGAAAUAUCCUGAACUGCCAGAUUUCACGGAAUUGGUAGAACGCAAUGCGCCGGCAGUGGUCAACAUCAGCACUGUAGGGGAACCGCGCAGUCAACGCCGCGGCCAACCGCGCAGUGAGGAGCUGGAAGAAUUUUUCCGCUUUUUCGGGCCACCAGGCUCAAGACCUGGCGUGCCUAAUAUGCGUCCUUCAACGUCUUUGGGCAGUGGUUUUAUCAUCAGCAAAGACGGCUAUAUUCUGACCAACAAUCACGUUGUCGACGGGGCCUCAGAAAUUAUUGUGCGCUUAAGUGACCGCCGUGAGCUGGUCGCGGAACUGGUCGGCGGAGAUGUGCGAGCAGAUUUAGCGGUACUUAAGGUCACCACAGAUGAAGAUCUCCCGGUGGUUAAGCUGGGUGAGUCUGAAAAACUCAAAGUGGGUGAGUGGGUGCUGGCCAUCGGUUCUCCAUUUGGUUUUGAUUAUUCAGUCACCGCCGGCAUUGUCAGUGCAAAAGGGCGCAGCCUGCCUACUGCUCAGAACGAAAACUAUGUGCCAUAUAUUCAAACGGAUGUGGCCAUCAAUCCGGGUAAUUCAGGCGGACCGCUGUUUAAUCUGGAUGGCGAUGUGAUCGGCAUUAACUCCCAGAUCUAUUCAAACUCCGGUGGCUUCAUGGGUGUGUCGUUUGCGAUCCCCAUCGAUAUAGCCAUGGAUGUGGCGGACCAGUUGAAAGAAGAUGGUCGAGUCUCGCGCGGCUGGCUCGGGGUAAUGAUUCAGGAAGUUAGUCGUGACCUGGCUGAAAGCUUUGGUCUGGAUCGCCCGCAUGGCGCAUUGAUAUCAAAGGUGUUCGAUGAUACCCCCGCAGCUGCCGGUGGCUUGCGCGCCGGUGACAUCAUUACAAAAUUCAACGGCCGUUCGAUUGAACGUUCCGCCGAGUUGCCACACUUUGUCGGCCGCGUCCGCGCCGGCGCCAUGGCUGAUGUGGAACUGGUCCGAGACGGCAAAAAAAUGUCGUUGGAGCUGAAGGUCGGAGAAUUGGCCGAUCUUGGGGAAGAUGGCAGCCGACCGGUGGUUGGCCAGUCGGGUGGUGGACGCUUAGGUCUUGUUGUUGCCGGGCUGACCGAUGAGGAAAUGGAGCGCCUUGAUGUCAGAGACGGCGUCCGUGUCGUCGAAGUGUCUGGUGCAUCAGCAGAUGCAGGUAUUCGCCCGGGCGAUAUCGUAGCCAGGCUCAAUCAUCAGGCAAUCAGCAGCCCGAGUCAGCUGGAAAGAAUUGCAGAGUCAUUGACCGCGGGUCGGACGGUACCCGUUCUGGUUCUGCGCCACGGACCAUUUGUGCCGGACAUCGAGCAUAUUCGUAACUUUUCGAUCAUCGCCCAUAUCGAUCAUGGGAAGUCGACCCUGGCCGAUCGUUUUAUUCAAACCUGUGGCGGCCUGGCCGAACGAGAAAUGGCUGAGCAGGUACUCGACUCCAUGGAUAUCGAACGUGAGCGUGGUAUCACCAUUAAGUCUCAGUGCGUCACCCUGCGGUAUGAACACCCGGAUGGCGGGCACUACCAGCUUAACUUCAUUGAUACUCCCGGCCAUGUUGAUUUCAGCUAUGAGGUGUCCCGUUCACUGUCUGCCUGUGAAGGCGCGCUGUUGGUGGUGGAUGCCGCUCAGGGUGUCGAAGCGCAAUCCGUUGCCAACUGUUAUACGGCGAUUGAACAGGGGCUUGAAGUGUUGCCGGUGUUAAACAAAAUUGAUCUGCCUCAAGCUGAGCCUGAGCGGGUGGCUGCCGAAAUCGAAGAUAUCAUUGGUCUGGAUGUCAGCGACAUCCAGACCGUCAGUGCUAAGACCGGCGCAGGUGUUGAUGAGUUGCUGCGUUACCUGGUAGAUAAUAUUCCGCCACCAGAAGGUGACCCGGAAGCUGAUCUGCAGGCAUUGAUCAUUGAUUCCUGGUUCGAUAACUAUCUUGGUGUGGUGUCUCUUGUCAGGGUAAAGCAGGGUCGAUUGGACAAAGGCUCGCGGAUUAUUGUGAAAUCCACCGGCAAAACCCACGUGGUUGAUGACGUCGGUCGCUUCACUCCGAAACGUACCCCGGAUAAGUCUCUUUCUGCAGGCGAAGUCGGCUACGUGGUCGCAGGUAUAAAGGAAAUUCAGGGCGCGCCCGUAGGUGAUACUCUGGUGUCGGCAAAAGCACCCGAUGUACCGCAGCUGCCGGGCUUUACCCGGGUUAAACCCCAGGUGUUUGCCGGCUUGUUUCCGGUUAAUUCUGAAGAUUUUGAGUCGUUUCGCGAAGCGCUGGAAAAGCUGGUGCUUAAUGAUGCGUCACUGUUUUAUGAACCUGAAUCAUCUGACGCCCUUGGUUUUGGUUUCCGCUGUGGUUUUCUUGGCAUGCUGCACAUGGAAAUUGUGCAGGAACGGCUUGAACGAGAAUACAAUCUCGAUUUGAUCACAUCUGCACCGACUGUCGUGUACGAAGUUGAAAAGGGGGAUGGCACAGUUGUGCAGAUCGACAACCCUUCGCGGAUACCGCCAAAUUUCAAAGAAAUGCGUGAGCCCAUAGCUGACGUGAAUAUUCUGGUGCCCCAGGAGUAUGUUGGCAAUGUCAUGACACUUUGCGUAGAACGGCGCGGCGUGCAGAAAAAUAUGAAUUUUUCCCAAGGCCAGGUGGCUAUGCAUUGGGAAAUGCCGAUGAACGAAGUGGUCAUGGAUUUUUUCGAUCGCUUGAAAUCGGUCAGCCGUGGAUUUGCAUCGUUAGAUUACGGCUUCCUGCGGUUCGAGACAGCCAAUCUUGUUAAGUUGGAUAUUCUCAUUAAUGGCGACAAAGUUGAUGCGUUAGCCAGUAUUGUGCAUCGUGAUCAAUCCCAGGCUCGUGGUCGCGCACUGGCUGAAAAAAUGAAAGAACUGAUUCCCCGGCAAAUGUUUGAUGUGGCUGUCCAGGCGGCUAUUGGAGGACAGAUCGUGGCACGGCAGACAGUUAAAGCUUUACGUAAAAACGUCACAGCCAAGUGUUACGGUGGUGAUAUUACGCGCAAGAAGAAAUUGCUGGAGAAGCAGAAAGAAGGCAAGAAGCGCAUGAAGCAGAUUGGUCGUGUGGAAAUCCCACAGGUAGGCGACUUCAUUUUAGUCAACAAAUAUGCCUAUGGCCUGCGUUUGCCGGUGUUUGGUACCAAGAUUCUUGAUGUGGGUGAUCCUCAAAGAGGCGAUAUCAUGGUGUUUGUGCCACCCCAUGACUCACGCUAUUUCAUAAAAAGAGUCAUCGGCUUACCAGGAGACGUGGUCAGGUACGACAAUAAAGUGCUGUAUGUGAACGGCGAGCGUUUGGGAUACGAACUGGUUGGCGAAGUGCAGGACAGAAACUACGCUACAAUAGUCCGUGAAUUUAUCGAGACCAUUGACGGACGCGGUCAUCGAAUUUUCAAGAAUGGCGGUUAUGAAGAACCUCAGGAGUGGCAAAUUCCACCUGAUCGAUACCUCAUGUUCGGUGAUAACCGUGAUAUGAGCCAGGAUUCCCGUUUCUGGGGUUUGGCCAAAGAAGACAGUAUUGUUGGCAAAGCAGUUGCUAUCUGGCUACAUAAAGAGCCGGGCUUUACGUUGCCAACAUUUGACCGCAAUCAGUGGUUCGAUAAAGGAUCGUCCCUUGCGGAGAUCGCCAAACAGAUCAAUAUUGCUGCCUGUUUGCGUCUGGGUACCGGCGAGCGCAAGAGCGGCGGACGACAACGAAACUCUAUUCUUGCAGAUGCACUGGAAGCGGUUAUUGGUGCAAUUCAUGAAGAUGCAGGUCGUGAUAAUGAAGGCGGUGGUAUAGGCAGGUAUCAGGCGAUUUACAUGGAUACGCCAGGUAUCCAUCGAAACACGGAAAAGGCCCUUAAUCGGUAUAUGGUUGCCAACGCAACGGCGGCACUGCGUGAUGUUGAUCUGCGUGUCAUGCUGAUCGAGGCGGGUAAGUGGACAGACGAAGAUGCGCAUGUGCUGGAAAUGCUGCGCCAUGCAGAUGCUGUCAAUAUUGCUGUGAUCAGUAAAGUUGAUCUGCUCGACAAUAAAAACCUGCUUCUGCCGGAAAUUGAGCGGAUCAAUGCCUUUGGAGUAUUCAGCGAAAUUAUUCCGCUCAGUGCGCUACGCAAUGAAGGCGUUGAGCAUUUCAGAGAGCAGGUUUUUUCACGCCUUCCCCCCGGCCCACAUUUAUUUUCUGCUGAUGAAAUUACCGACCAGACCGAAAGACGUCUGGUGGAAGAAAUAGUCCGGGAAAAACUGAUGCGCCAGUUGGGUGACGAAAUACCUCACAGUGCAGCGGUUGUGGUGGAGCGUUUUGUCAGUACGGAGAAGAUCACCGAAAUUCAUGCAGACAUUUAUGUUGAGCGUGAUGGCCAGAAGGCCAUAGUGAUUGGCAAACAGGGUGCACGUUUGAAGUUGAUUGGUCAGGAAGCGCGCAAGGACAUCGAGCGCAUGCUGGACAGCAAAGUCAUGCUGCCUUAUCAGGAAACCAGCGGUAUGGUGCAGUUUUUUACCCGCGAGCAAGGCCGGCUGGUGGGUGUCAAGAAAGGUAUGCGGCGCGGCCGCAAUCCAGUAUCCAUUCAACCUUUUACUUACGGACGUUUAUCCUACGUUGGCCGUUCGAAUCUGGUGACUAUUACACAAUACGACGCGGUGGGACGUUAUGACCUGCACGGGGAUAAUCUCAGCGCCGGUUUCUAUGUUUUAGAGCUGCUCACCCGAUGCCUUUCUGAGCGCCAAGCAGAGCCUGAACUGUUUGCUGCAGCGACUACCGUUUUAGACGCUCUGCAGUCCGCAGCUGCUUUGGCGCCGACAUUGCGCAGGUUUGAGGCUGUGCUGCUCAGUGAACUGGGCUACGGCAUCGACUAUAUGCAUGAAGCGGGUGAAGGUCGGGCGAUUGUUGCGGAUGGACGUUACCGUUGGGUGGCAGGACAGGGUUUUCAGCGCAUUGAAACACACGCAAUAGGCGCCGUUGAUGAUUUGCCGGGUUGGGUCCUGCACGCGCUCAGCAAGCAGGAUUACAGCCGGCCGGAAACGCUGCGUGGCGCAAAACACCUUUAUCAGAAAGCCUUGGCACCUAUGCUGGGCUCCGCGCCAUUGAUCAGUCGCGAGAUGGUUCGCGUUGGGCGUCUUACCUUAGAGGGCCUUGGUGAGACGGUUAUUCCUAACAAUGAAGGUGCGCCGCCCAGAACCGUGCUGAUGCGUAACGCUCUGCCUGGCGAAACUGUAACCGUACGGGUGCUGAAGCGCCGCAAGGGUAUCUGGUACGCGGAGUCAGCCACUGCUGGCGAGCCAGCCAGUCCUAUGCGCAGCAAGUCUGCCUGUGAACAUUUUCCAAGAUGUGGUGGUUGCAGCCUGCACCAUAUGCAGGAGCAAGAUGCCCUGCAGCUGAAACAAUCGCAAUUGCAGCAGGCCCUGGCAGAACACAAUAUUAAACCUGAGCGCUGGCAGAAACCGGUGCGUAUAAAUCGCGUAGGCUAUCGGCGCAAAGCUCGUCUUGGCGUACGUUGUGUGGGUGAACACGUUUUUGUGGGCUUCCGCGAAUCUUUCAGUAAUCGGGUAGCGCGUUUAGAUAACUGCCCGGUGCUGACAACCCAGUUGUCCGCAUUGAUUACGCCGUUACGCAGCCUGAUUGCGCAACUCAGCGUAGCAACAAAAAUUCCGCAGAUUGAAUUUGCGCAAGGUGAUGGCCCGGCCGUGCUGAUGGUCCGACAUCUAGUGCCGCUGUCCGUCGAAGACUUAUUACUAUGGCGGAAUUUUGAGCAACAGCAUGCCGUGACUGUUCUAUUGCAAGGCGGCGGUUACGAAACUUUACAGACACUUGAUGGGCAGCCCCCGGAACGUCUGGGCUAUCAACUGCCCAACUGGGGCCUGCAUAUGCAGUUCAUGCCGCAACAGUUCACUCAGGUGAAUCUUGAAAUGAAUCAGGUGCUGAUACGUUAUGUGCUGGCCCUGUUAGGUGAUCUUAAAGGUCGGAAGGUUGCAGAUUUAUUCUGUGGGGUAGGUAACUUUACCCUGCCGCUGGCCCGUCAGGGCGCGCAGGUCUGGGGUUAUGAAGUGGCCGCGGAUGCAGUGUUUAUGGCUCAGGCAAACGCACAGCGUAAUGGGCUUGCUGAGCAGGUAAAUUUUGCCGCCCUGGAUUUGUAUACAGAUACUGAGGCCGCGGCGCUGCCCGUGAAGGUUGAUGCGUUAGUCCUGGAUCCGCCGCGCAGCGGCGCGGGGCCAAAUCUGCCUCGCUGGCUGGCAGAUUUUCAAGGUGACAAGGUCGUUUAUGUCUCCUGCAACCCCAAGACAUUUGCGGCUGAUGCUGUGCAUCUGCAGGUACAGGGGAGUCUGCAGAUGGUUAAAGUUCGAAAGUCGCUGCCGCGUACGCCGCAGGGAGAGGUAAAUAUACCUUUAUGGGUUGAUCAAUUGUGUGAUGCCCACGAACAGCUCUCUUUCGAUGCAAUUGAAGAGACCGUCACGUGGUUGGCUCGACAUCAACCUGACCAACUGGUUAUGGCGCUUGAAUUGGCGGAACUGGUGGCGCAGUUAAAUAUGGACCAGCCGUCGGUACAAGCGGGCCUUGUUUACCGCUCGAUACGCGAAGGACGGAUAUCUGAACAGCAGGCAGAGUCUCUGUGUGGUGCGGAAGCCUGCCGUAUCGCCGUAGCGGUUGCCCAGAUGGCGACCACCAGCCUGUUGGAAAUGUCCAAUUCGCCAUUGCAGGAAAAAGAGCAGCAGGAUCAGGUCGAAAACAUUAAACGGAUGCUUGUCUCCCUUAUUGAUGACGCCCGUGUAGCCGUAGUGAAACUGGCGGAACGGGUGGCAGCACUGCGCCGGGCAAAAACCUAUGAACCAGAAAGACGACAGCGGGUAGCGCAGGAAGCAAGUCGAGUAUUUGCUCCGCUGGCAGGCCGGUUGGGUAUCUGGCAGCUGAAAUGGGAGCUGGAAGACCUGUCGCUACGCUACACCCAGGAAGACGUCUACCUGGACAUCGCCCGGCAGCUGAAAGGCAAACGUGCUGAGCGGGAAGUGCAGGUUGAACACAUGAUUGACCAGGUUCGUGGAUUAUUGCGCGGCCAUGGCAUUGACGCCGUGGUUUAUGGGCGUGCCAAACACAUCUACAGCAUCUGGCGCAAAAUACAGAGUAAAAACGUAAGCUUUGACCAGGUUUACGACGUGCGUGCUGUCCGCAUAGUGGUGAAUACCCUUGCUGAGUGUUACGCCGCGCUAGGCGUCAUACAUACAACCUGGCGACAUCUGCCAAGUGAAUUUGAUGAUUAUAUCGCUAACCCGAAAGAGAAUGGUUACCAGAGUAUUCAUACGGCAGUCACGGCAUCAGAUGGCCGCGUCCUGGAAAUCCAGAUACGCACAGCAGCAAUGCAUGAAGAUGCUGAACUUGGCGUCUGUGCACACUGGUCUUACAAGGAUGGCCGUCCUGAAGACGGAAGUUAUGCCGCUAAAAUGGAUUGGUUGCGUCAGGUCAUGGAGUGGCAUGAGGAUCUGGCGGGCACAGAAUCUAUCAGCACACUAUUGCAGCAUCGUAUCAGUCAGAGUCGAAUUUUUGUCUCAACCCCCAAAGGUCAUGUUUUAGAGCUACCGCCGGACGCAACAAUUCUGGACUUUGCUUACAGGGUGCAUACGGAUAUCGGGCAUACGUGUACAGGGGGGCGCGUCAAUGGUGUGCUCGCUCCCUUAAGUCGACAGCUGGAAACUGGCCAGCAGGUUGAGGUUAUCACCUCGGAGAACGCAAAACCGCAACGAGACUGGCUUGAGGAGAGUUUAAGUUUCGUCAAUUCUGACCGGGCCAGAGCAAAGCUGGUUGCUUACUUUCGCCACCUGCCGGCGGCGGAACAGCAGAGGGUAGGAAAGCAGUCGGUGAGUACAAAGCUGGCAGCGCUUGGUCUGGCAGACCUGUCUCCGCCACAGCUGCAGGCCUUGGCGGAACGGAACGGGUUUAGGCAGGUUGCCGAGCUUUGGCAGGCGGUGGGCUCCGGCGAAUUAUCAGCAAUACAUGUUAUUGUGGCGUUAGCCGACGAGGCGUCCAUUCACAGCCAGCGAGAUCUGCCGGGUAUCCCAACCGAAUCCUAUCCUUACGAUGCCAGGUUUCGCCUCAGCGCAGAUAAUCGAGAUGGCUUGUUGCACGAUAUCACUCAGGUUAUCGGUGAUAUGGGUAUGGCAUUAACAGGAAAGGGCACCCAGGCACAAUUUAUUAAAGAGCGCCUGGGUAUUCCACAGAUAUCCACUGGCGAUAUGCUGCGUGCAGCAGUUUCAUCAGGCAGUGCCCUGGGAGAACGGGUCAAAGCAGUGAUGGAUUCUGGUGCGCUGGUAUCAGACGAAAUCAUCAUCGAUCUGGUAAAAGACCGUAUUACGCACGACGAUUGCGCCAACGGCUUCCUGUUCGACGGCUUCCCGCGCACCAUUCCCCAGGCUCAGGCUAUGACAUCUGCGGGUGUAGAAAUUGAUGCGGUGGUCGAAAUUCAGGUGCCUGAUGAAGAGCUUGUGCGGCGAAUUACAGGCCGGCGGGUGCAUCCUGGCUCAGGUCGGGUUUACCAUGUGAUCUACAAUCCGCCAAAGGUUGAUGGCCUGGACGACGAUACCGGUGAAGCGCUGGUACAGCGUGAAGACGACACUGAAGAAACCGUGAGACAGCGUUUAUCGGUGUACAAAGAGCAGACCGAACCCCUGGUUGAGUUUUACCAUGCGAUGGAAGCUCAGGGCCUGCGCUACAUUUCCGUCGACGGACAAGGUGAAGUCGCCCUGAUCCAGGCCUCGAUAGCAGCGGCACUGGACAGCACCCAGAACUGA